GCCAGGGUGAAAGGUCGGCGCGCCGGCGGCACUCCCAACAUGGCGGCGGCCCGGGCUGUGGCGCGCGGUCCCGGAGCUGAGGCGCGGCGGCCGCCCUCCCUUCGGGCCGCGCGGCUGCUCCUGCUGCUGGCGGCGGUGGCGAUGGCGGGGCCCCGGGAGGGCGGCGCGGCGCGGCUGUACCGCGUGGACGAGGACGCCGUGUGGUUGCUGGACAGCGGCAGCGUGCGCUCGGCCACGAGCAACAGCUCGGCCGCGUGGCUGGUGCAGUUCCAUUCGUCGUGGUGCGGCCACUGCAUCGGCUACGCGCCCACCUGGCGAGCGCUGGCGGCGGACGUGCGAGACUGGGCUGCUGCCAUCCGUGUCGCUGCUCUGGACUGUGCAGAAGAAAAGAACCAGGACGUGUGCCGCACAUAUGACAUCCACUUCUACCCCACCUUCAGGUAUUUUAAAGCAUUUACAAAGGAGUUUACAACUGGAGAAAACUUUAAAGGACCUGACAGGGAACUUCAGACUGUCAGGCAGACGAUGAUUGACUUCCUGCAGAACCACACAGAGGGCACUCGGCCUCCUGCCUGCCCGCCCCUGGACCCUGUUCAGCCCAGUGACAUCCUUUCCCUCAUGGACAGCCAUAGUGGCCAAUACCACGCAGUUGUGUUUGAGAGCAGUGGUUCUUAUGUUGGACGAGAGGUGAUCUUAGACUUAAUCCCAUAUGACAACAUCGUGGUGAGCCGAGCACUGGAUAGGGACAAAGCAUUUCUGGGGACACUUGGCAUUUCUUCGGUUCCUUCCUGUUACUUGAUUUACCCAAAUGGGUCUCAUGGACUGGUUAAUGUUGCAAAACCUCUACGAUCAUUUUUCUCCUCUUACUUAAAAUCCUUGCCAGAUGUGAGGAAAAAGUCCCUUUCCUUUCCUGAAAAGCCCAACAAAGAAGAAAAUUCAGAGGCUAUGGUUUGGAAAGAAUUUGACAGGGCCAAGCUGUACGCCGCGGACCUGGAGUCGGGACUGCACUACCUGCUGAGAGUGGAGCUGGCCGCCCACAAGUCCCUGGCUGGAGCUCAGCUCAAGACAUUUAGGGACUUCAUGACUGUCAUUGCCAAGCUGUUCCCCGGCCGGCCGGCAGUCAAGAAGCUUCUGGAGACAUUGCAGGAGUGGCUGGCCAACCUCCCCCUGGACAAGAUUCCAUACAAUGCCAUCCUAGACCUAGUCAACAACAAAAUGCGGAUUUCUGGAAUCUUUCUUACCAGCCACAUAAAGUGGGUGGGAUGUCAAGGAAGCCGAUUGGAGUUGAGGGGCUACCCAUGCUCCCUCUGGAAACUGUUUCACACUUUGACGGUUCAGGCCUCUACCCAUCCAGAAGCACUGGUUGGCACAGGUUUUGAAGAUGACCCCCAGGCUGUGUUACAGACCAUAAGGAAAUACAUUCACACAUUCUUUGGUUGCAAAGAAUGUGGCGAGCAUUUUGAAGAAAUGGCUAAGGAGUCCAUGAAUUCUGUGAAAACCCGAGACCAAGCUGUUCUCUGGCUUUGGAAGAAGCACAACAUGGUGAACAGCCGCCUGGCUGGCCAUCUGAGUGAGGAUCCCAAAUUUCCAAAGGUUCCAUGGCCCACUCCAGACCUCUGUCCAGCCUGCCAUGAUGAAAUUAAAGGCCUGGACAGCUGGAAUGAGGACCAGGUACUCGUGUUCCUGAAGCAGCACUAUAGCAGGGACAACCUGGUGGAUACAUACUCUGUGGACCAGGGCAGUCCUGGUGACUGGGGAGCUCCUGGCAGGGAGCAGGAAGAGGGUGAAGGUCUUAACCCCUCAGGAAAGUCCUGGAUCCAUCAGGAUGCUGAGAGUCUCCGUCCACCCCACAUACUGGGCCCCAAGAACCUGCACCACAGGCUGGACCUAAGACUCCAGAGCCCUAAGGGGCUCCAGGCACUUGAAGAGGCCAAGGCAGCAGUGCCCUUCCUUGGGGUUGGCUUCUCCAGUCUGGACAUGAGCCUCUGUGUGGUGCUCUAUGUGGCCUCCUCCUUGUUCCUCAUGAUCAUGUACUUCUUCUUCCGAGUGAGGUCCAAGCGAUGGAAAGUUCGGCUCUACCACCCAGCUGUAUAGAACACGUAGGACAGGCAUCACAACACAGAGGAAGCCUUUGAAGUCACCCACACACCUGCAGCUUUAAUGUUGGGAUCAGGGAUUUUGGAAAUGUGCCCAGCAUGGUGUCUGGAGGAGCAUGUUUUGUUUUGUUUUUACUGGAACAUUUUGCCUUUGCCACCCUGUCCUCACCUUCCCAGCCUCCGUGUCAGACUGGUGUGUAUUUGCCCUUGUAGGCCUGAAGGAGGCAGGUCCAGCACACAGCCAUCAUGUUGCUGCUCCCUCACAUCUAUGUUUGCCUUCCCUUACCCACCCCCAACCCUGGCUCCCUGGGGGCCGUGUCCAGUGAUGAACAGCCAAAGCACAGAGGCCUCCAGAUAUCACACCCUGCCACAGAUGUGUGCUGUGUAGCUGUUCCUGCACAAGUCUCAGGCGCUCUCAUGGGAGCUCAAGGUGCUCUGAGGUUGAGAAGGGAGGUCUGGUCACCUUUGGGGAUGAGACACUUAGAGACUCAGAAGGGGAAGGGCGGUGACAGCAGAUAGGAGGCCAUCGCAGUCAGGCUGUAGUUCAGUUCUGGUCCCUGUGGUGAGAUUCUGCCCGACAGCACAGUGGUGAGCACUGUUCUCUGCGGGAGUACAGUCUCUGGAAAGCCUCUAGAGCCCCUGUCAUGACUCAUAUACACUGCAGAAGGCAUUGGUGGAGGCACAGAUGCUGGGCACAUGCAAUGGCCCCUGCACACGAGGCCACCUGGCCUUGAGGGUAACUUUAAAAACAAAAAUUUAGCCGGGCGUUGGUGGCGCACGCCUUGAAUCCCAGCACUCGGGAGGCAGAGGCAGGUGGAUCUCUGUGAGUUUGAGGCCAGCCUGGUCUACAGAGCUAGUUCCAGGAUAACCUCCAAAACAAUACAGAGAAACCCCGUCUCAAAAAACCAAAACAAACAAAAAUUUAACAGUUUAAAUACAUCAUUUGUAAAAUCCCAAAACUCUGAAUGGUAAACUUGUGCCUAAAGACUUUUUUAAAAAAACAUAGACUACAUCUACAUUUAUGGAAACAUUCCUACUGAGACCUGUUAUGGCUCAGGAGCUUCUUUUUAUUUGGAUAAAGUAAGCUAGCUUUGUGUAUGUGUGGUUGUGUGUGUCUGUGUGAUGAAUGUGUGUACCUCUGUACUUACAUGGGUAAAUAUACAUUCCACUUUGCAUAAUCUAUAUUUUAUAUUUGCAUCCUUUCCAACAACAGCUGAUCACAUGGGUAUCAUUUAAAAUCCUGUAUUAUCAAUGUUCCUGCUGCCACUUUAAAAAAAUGGACAGCUGACUCCUUGGGCUGUUGUUAACCCUCCUUCUAUCCCAUGGGAGGAUCAGCCAGGCCUCCCUGCUGGGACAGGCAUGGCCUGGGCCCAGCCACUUGAACCUCCUGUCUCACUUCCCUGUGGCAGGAGGGAAACCUGGAAUCCUGUGCUUUUUUAAAAAGAAAAAAAGAAAAAGAUGAGUUUGUCCUUAUUGCUGCCUGUGUGUCUAGGUUAUUGAUAUACCAUUGGUCUGUCAGCUUGAAAAAUCAGACCUGUUUUAAGCAUAGCUCCAAAGAGAAAUGCUUUGAACCCACAUUGAACUGGGAGCAUUGCUGAGGGGACUUCUGUAACUGUGACCCCAGGGCUGCCACAGUACCCCACAAGGUCUGACAUGGCUGAUGUUUGCAGAAGCCAACCCUGGGCAGAGCCUACUUUCAACCACUCUUGUAGAGUCCCAAGGUCAUCCUUCUGGGGGACAAGCUCCCCACAUACAUCUCUGUUUGGACUGUCCAUUCCGCAGUUAGAAGGCUUCCAUUCCUACAGGGCCCUGCUCAGCUUCUAAAGUCUGAAGUAUUAUGAGAUGUAUUGCAAUUAGUGGAUAUAAUAGUUCAGUAAUUUAAAUGUUUAUUUAUUUUCAAUGCAAAGAUUUUGAUUAAAAAGCCAAUUGGCAUGAAAAUGCCAGUGAAAUUUCUUACCUGCAAAGAAAGGGUACAUUUUGUAUUUAAGUCAACUACUGUGCACAUUUUAAGAAUAAAGAGAUCUGACAUUUGA